UCACUAGCUGGACGUGAGCACACAGGGAAAGCCUAAAGUUCAAGAGAAUAGAGAUUUGCUGCCCCGUCUCCAACCCCGGCGAAAAAAGAAUGCACCGUCGCCUUUGAAACUGAUUACUCUAUUUUUUCCCUCCGACCCCCGCUUUCUGGAGCCUGCUGUAUUCACGAUGUUGAAAGCCCUUUUCCUAACUAUGCUGACUCUGGCGCUGGUCAAGUCACAGGAUACCGAGGAAACCAUCACGUACACGCAAUGCACUGACGGCUAUGAGUGGGAUCCUGUAAGGCAGCAGUGCAAAGAUAUUGAUGAAUGUGACAUUGUCCCAGAUGCUUGCAAAGGUGGAAUGAAAUGUGUCAACCACUAUGGAGGAUACCUCUGCCUUCCUAAAACAGCCCAGAUCAUUGUCAAUAACGAACAGCCUCAGCAAGAAACACCAGCAGCCGAAGCUGUAGGUGCAGCUGCUAAUGCAGCUGCAACCUCGGGUGCAACCAGCGGGGGCGUAACUGCAAGUGGCAUGGCAGCCAGCGGGGUGUUGCCUGGGGGUGGUUUUGUGGCCAGUGCUGCUGCAGUCGCAGGCCCUGAAGUGCAGACUGGUCGAAACUUUGUCAUCCGGCGGAACCCAGUGGACCCUCAGCGCAUUCCCUCCAGCCCUUCCCAUCGGAUCCAGUGUGCGGCCGGCUAUGAGCAGAGUGAGCACAACGUGUGCCAAGACAUAGAUGAGUGCACUGCAGGGACACACAACUGCAGGGCAGACCAAGUGUGCAUCAAUUUACGAGGCUCCUUUGCAUGUCAGUGCCCUCCAGGGUAUCAGAAGCGUGGAGAGCAGUGUGUAGACAUAGACGAAUGUACCAUUCCUCCAUAUUGCCACCAAAGAUGUGUGAACACGCCAGGCUCGUUUUAUUGCCAGUGCAGUCCUGGGUUUCAGUUGGCGGCAAACAACUACACCUGUGUAGAUAUAAAUGAAUGUGAUGCCAGUAAUCAAUGUGCUCAGCAAUGCUACAACAUUCUUGGUUCAUUCAUCUGUCAGUGUAAUCAAGGAUACGAGCUAAGCAGUGACAGGCUCAACUGUGAAGACAUUGAUGAAUGCAGAACCUCAAGCUACCUGUGUCAAUAUCAAUGUGUCAAUGAACCUGGGAAAUUCUCAUGUAUGUGCCCCCAGGGAUACCAAGUGGUGAGAAGUAGAACAUGUCAGGAUAUAAAUGAGUGUGAGACCACAAAUGAAUGCCGGGAGGAUGAAAUGUGUUGGAAUUAUCAUGGAGGCUUCCGUUGUUACCCACGAAAUCCUUGUCAAGAUCCCUACAUUCUAACAUCAGAGAACCGGUGUGUUUGCCCAGUCUCAAAUGCUAUGUGCCGAGAACUGCCCCAGUCCAUAGUCUACAAAUAUAUGAGUAUCCGAUCUGAUAGGUCUGUGCCAUCAGACAUCUUCCAGAUACAGGCCACAACUAUUUACGCCAACACUAUCAAUACUUUUCGGAUUAAAUCUGGAAAUGAAAAUGGAGAGUUCUACCUAAGACAAACAAGUCCUGUAAGUGCAAUGCUUGUGCUUGUGAAGUCGCUAUCAGGACCGAGAGAAUAUAUCGUGGACCUGGAGAUGGUGACAGUCAACAGUAUAGGGACCUUCCGCACAAGCUCCGUGUUAAGAUUGACAAUAAUAGUGGGGCCAUUUUCAUUUUAGUCUUUUAUAAGAAUCCACCACAGUCAAUUAAGUCAGCCAAAGAAUAUUGUUAUCUUAAGGCACUAUUUUAUUUAUAGAUAUAUCUAGUGCAUCUACAUCUCUAUACUGUACACUCACCCAUAAUUCAAGCAAUUGCACCAUGGUAUACAGUGGGCAUUUAAUCUGUAAAGAUUCAAAGUUUGUCUUUAUUACUGUAUGUGAAUUAGACAUUAAUCCACUAAACUGGUCUUCUUCAAGAGAGGUAAGAAUACACUAUCUGGUGAAACUUGGAUUCCUUCCUAUAAAAGUGGGGCCCAGCAACGAUGAUCUUCUUGUGGUGCUUAAGGAAACUUACUGCAGCUCCACUGACAGUCUGAUGAGGAGGCAGCCAAAUCGCAUGCAAGGGCAAGA